CCUGAAAAUACUGCCCCUUCACAAACUUUCUCUCACGUUUUAUUGUUACUGUUCUCAGUUAUCUUUUUAUGCAUUACCGGCAUUCUCCCUAUUAAGCUGUGAACUUAUCUCAAGGGUCGGACAGAGGACGAUGGAUGGUUGUUUCGCCGCUCUUGUGCGAAGGCAGCUAGGCACUGAUUCUUAGACACCACCAACCACCGGGGGGGCCUAUCGCAAUGCCCCGGCGAAGACGUAACGCUUCCCAAUAAAACAAACACGUCCCAUCAAGAUAGCAAGAAAGUCGCCUGUGUGCGCUUGUCGUUUGAAUAGUUUUUUUAAUAUAAAUAACGUAUUAUGAAUUUAUGUAUAGCGAUCGUCUGAUAAUAAGAAGGAAGAACUGUUAAUCGUUUCAGGGGUAAAAUAUACUUAUACUUUUGAUACUUAAGUUACUAAAGUACAGGUUAUACAUUUUUGCAAAAAUGUGUUAGUAAUGAUGUUAUUUCUUAAAUAUCGAACAAUUUAGUGUGAUAUAUACAAGGUCAAUCGAUCACUUCCAGCGUGUGUUCUCGUUAUUUCUUCAUAUCACUCAUCUCAGGUGGAAUUGAGAUGUUAACUCCAAAAUUUGAGUUAACUCAGACGGAAACAAAGGUGUGCAUAACUAUUUAUGCGCCUUACACUAACAUCUCUGAAACAGACAUUUAUAUUGAAAAGAAUGAUUUUAGAUUUGUUUCACCACCAUAUUAUUUGAGGUUGCAGUUGCCAGGUGAAGUUACAGAAAUGGGAGCUUCAAAUGGAAUGUAUGAUGCUGAUGAUGGAAAAUUUACUUUAACUAUGGAGAAAGUGAACAGAGGAGAACAUUUUCCAAAUCUGGACCUGAUAUCUACCCUCUUAGUGAAGAAAUCAAAUAAUUUCCCAUCAAAACCAAAUAUUAGGGUCUUAGAUAGCCAAGAGGAAGAUGGAAGCACUGAUGAUUCACACUACAGUCAGGAUGAAUUAAGUGAAGUGGAAUGUCUUAUUGAACAGACUGUACCUGAGGAAAAAGCAUCUUUUGAAGUUCUGAUAACUAAAUCAAAGUAUGGAUUUGGAAACCAAUUUUCAGAUGUUUUUAAAGGAUUUUCAUAUGAGGUGCUGGAAAUUCUUGAUCUUCCUGAUCCGGAUGUAACACCGGACUCGUCACGUACUCAGCUGAGGCUAGAAUGUGAAGUAAAUGAUUUCAGCGAUGAACAUUAUCUAGGUGACCUUGUAUACAGAAGUCAUAUUGAUGCAGUGAUAAAGUUUAACACAAUUUGGGAGAAGGAUCAGACAAUGGGUACACCUGCCACAUUGUGUGUUGGAGAUAUUGAGAGACUGAAGGACAUUCCAGUUCAUAAAUAUAUCCUGACUCGUAGUGAACAGCAGGCUGCGUAUUUUGGGCUCUUAGACAUAAUUGCAGCAUAUUGUUAUGACUAUAGAACAACUGAAGGAGAUCCAACUUCAGAAUCUGCGUGGACAAUUAACAAACUAAGUGCCACACUGAGUUGGUUUGAGGUGUAUUCCUCAGUGAAAGAUGUGCUUCUUGCGUUUGUGCGUCGCAGCCUUUGCUACCCCCUGUUCCGAAACUAUGAUUUGUCAGUUAAGAUUUUAAGGGAUGUGCAGAUUCUCCUGCGGCUUGGUAAAAGAAAGCUAUUGAAGUGCCUUCUUGAUAUCCAUCAGCUUUUCAAUAAGAGCAACCCAAGAUACCUCUUGAACAGAUUAUAUAUAGAAGAUUACUGUGUUUGGAUCCAAGAAGCAGAUGACGAACGCUUUGUUGCCAUGGCUGAAGAGAUUGACAUGAGUGUGCCCAAGAAACAGGAUUUAAUGUUGGAUAUUGUUGAGCUGGAACUAGCUGCUGAAAUGGUGCAAAGAGAAGAAAAAGAGGAAAAGAAGAUGCAAAUGCUGAAUAAAACUUUAUCAUCACUUCAGCUGUCUGAAGAAAAUUGUUCUUCUGAAGAAAGAUUAAUGGCAGUUCCAUUACCAGCACAAGAAGAAGACUCGUCUGAUGGAGACACAGACGAUGAAGAAUCUCUUGACUCAGAUGAUCUCAGUUCCUAAUUAGAAGAUUGCAAGGACCACAUGGAUCGUCAUUGUAUGUUGACAAGAUGGCUGCCUUGACAUAUGGAUAGGAUAGCAGACUCCAUGGUGAAAUAACUUGGUACACAAGUCGUCCACACCUGUAACAGUGUUCAAGAUAGACUGGUUCAAUUUCUCCAUCAAAAUUCUUAUUUUUCUUUUUCUCCUUCCUCAGUUACCACAUUUUUUGUAUACAUCCUGUUAUUAAGCUGAGCAAGCACGAGAACUUCAAAUAGUACUAUAAAUGUUUGUGAAAUAAUUCAGAAAUUUAUCCUAUAAUUGCUUCAGAGUUGUUCGGAUGCCUUUGGUUGGCAGGUAAAAGUAGUUUUGUACCUGUCCAAUACAAGUAUGUGAUCAAUUCCUCCAUCCAGUAUGGAUUGCCAAAUGCUAGAGGUGAUGUCUUUUGGCUCCUGUAACACUGGAAUAUCCCCUGACUUGUGUUUUAGCGUAGCAAAUCCAUCAGUUCCAUCGACAGCCAGUUUUGAGUUAAUAAUACGGAAAGCAAUAUUUGUGAAUCCAGCAGAAAUUAAGCGGACUUGAAGAUCUUGCAUCCUGAAAAUAUAAGUUUUCAUAUGAUAUCUGACAAAAAGCAUAUAUUCCUUGCAGCUUGGUAAUUAGUUUCAUAAUUUGUAUUCCUCAACACAUUUUUAGUGUGGUUAAAUGAAGGAGGAUGGGAUGGACAUGACAUGUAACAUGCAUGGGCUGGGGGAAAAAAUACACAGAAAAUUUUGGACACACAGAGGGAUAAUAUUACAAGGGAUCUUUAAAAGAAAUAGAACAUGGACUGCAUUUGUUUGGCUGAGGAUAGAGUCCAUUGGUAGGCUCAAUAAUGAAUCUACAGGUUCAGCUGAGCAACCAUCAGCUACUUACAAGGAACUGCUGUAUGGAAAUAGAAUACAUUUUUUGUAUUAUCUUCUGAUUUAUAGCAUAUAGAAAUACAAAUUUCUAGACUUAAUGAGGGAGUGGCUGAUGAUGAAAUAAUAAAGUAAUGAAAUGGUUACAGAAAUUAAACUUUACUUACAUUCCAGCCUGCUUGAAACAGUAAUGUCAGGAGGAGUUGACUAUACCAAUCACUGUAAUGUUUCCUUUCUGCAGAACUUCAUUAUCAUUGAUAGUCCAUUGAGGCAAUAGUGGACAUUGGUCUGAUGAAUGUCCAAUGUGCAUCAAUGGCAAAGUGAAAAUUAAUAAUGCCAACAAAGACAUUUUGCUGGGGAAGAGAAGAAAAUUUUUUAUUCUUUACUUAACAUACUGUGCUCACUGUAAUGUUCAGAAGAUUUGUUCAAGGUAUCAGUUUUGAAUUUUUGGUAGUCAGUAAUAUCUUUAUAAUACUAUUUUAUAUAUUUUUUUCAUACAUAACCUCCUAGAUGUUUUAGUUUCAAUUGUGUGAUUUUUCCUAAGUACAUGUGUCUUAAGAACUGUUUGUCACAGAAGCAAGAUAUUUUUACCAUGUUUUUAAUUUUAUUUGCAAAGAUGUUGACUUUUAUACAUUACUUCUUUAUAAUUUAUAAUAACCUAUGACAAUUUUAAAACAUCCCUUCUGUUUGCUACUCUUCACAGCUUUCACAGAAUAGACAUUAUACACAAGUGAUUUAAGUAACUUGAAUGUCUAGUUUUAAAUUAAAUUAUUUCAAUGGGUUUGUACCUUAAUUCAGAGAUUUUUUUUAAUGAUUUAGAUAACUGCUCAGCUGUUUGGUAUUCACUCACUAAAGCCAGUUGUUGUUUCUUGAUAUCACUUAACUACUGUUGUGAUAUAGAAUGUUUGCCCUAAGUUUAUAAUUUAACUGUCAGCUGAUUCGUAAAGGAGGAAGCAAAUGCUAAAGGUCAUGCUGUGUAUAAAUAGAUGUUCUACUACGUGUUCAAUCUAACCUUUGAAGUACCAUGUUUAUUAUGUAAUUAUGUAAGACUAUGUGUACACACAAACAUUGAUCUAGUGUAGUAUAUCCAAUGUUCCAUUCUAUUAGGUCUCUCCUGAUAUAACCUGAAAAUACUUAUGGCACAAGUAGGUAGGGUUGUGUUUAUAUAUAGAGAGGGGAUGUUUUAAUAUUUUAUUUAGAAAACCUAUAUAUAAUUCUAAACAAAUAUGUGUAUUAAUUAUUACUGAAGUUGAAUAUUUUCUUUGUGAGGUUAUGUGUUUGCAGAUUGGAACAUAGGCCAAGACUGGUUUGAUGUCAGUGCCAGUCAUACAAUUUUAGGUGAUUUUAUUUGUAUGUUAAUUUACAUAAAAACAGACAUUUUAAGCUUUCAAACUUCAGAAUUUAGCAGAUUCUGACAAGGAGAUGAAACUGUUUACAGUGAUUUGUACAGGGUUCAAAUGAUUUGGGAUAGUGACUGUUUUCCAAGUAAUUAGUGAGUGAAUUUAUUUAAUUAAUAAUUUUAUUGUUUUGUUGUGACUAUUGAUAUAUGCCAAUUCACUUUACAUAACCUAUUUCCCAAUAGAAAGACCACUUGAAACAUUAUAUAUUAUAAACAUUUUUGAACUGAAAUGUAUUUCAACAUUAUUUAAGCUAGGCAUUUAAUUGUGAGAUAAAUAUUUUAAUUUACAACAUCCAAAAAGUGUUUGGCACGUUUAUGUUCUAAGUAAUUUUAGGUUGAAAUGUUGCACUUUUCCUUUCCACAUCUGAUAAGUUCAUAUAUGAUGAUAUUACUGUACUACCAUAUGUUGCCAGAUGUGGCUAUAAGACUGGAUGUUUUGUAGCCCCUAUUCCAAACAAAACUGUUGAGUUUAGAAAUGUAGCAGUGAUUGAUGGCAGCAGCUGCUGGCUGUAGUCUCCGUGGAUGUCAUAUGAGUGCAUGAAUGAUCUAAUGACAGCAAUGAAGAGAAAGGAAUGACUAUAUCUCAAGUGAAAAUGUAUAAGUAAAUUGAACUUUACAAAUUUAUUAUGAGCAAAAUGAACUCCUUAAGAAGCAUCAACAUUUUUUUCUCUUUACCGCCUUAUUCAAAAUUAUUGUGAAUCUCACAUCGAUUUGUUGAGUUCAUGCUACAGAAUGAAAAAUUUGUGUAAUGAAGUUAUCAGGACCAAGAAAUAUUUAGUUCUUGUGCAUCACUUUCUAAAAAUUACAUGUUUACUUAAAAAAAAUUGUAACCGUUUUUCUGCCCCCAUUGAAAAUUUGAUGGGACAAAGGAAACUUUUUCAUUUACAGCUGACAUAAAAUAAUGUGGCAAAUGAAAAAUUCAUUGUAUGAAAUAAGUAAUAUACUGUAAAUAUGAUAAAGUUAAAGCAGCUAGGAAUGAAUAAGAAUAAUUAAAGAGAGAGAGGAAAAAUGGUAAUCAUUAUAGAUCACUUUUGCCCAGAAAUCGGUUAUCCAGUGCAGCUGUCUGUACUUUUUAUGUACUGAAAAGUAGGAACACACAUGGCGUGUCAAAAUAAGCUACUUCAUUUUCAACAAAACCAAAAAUAGAGUAAUGUAGUCUGUACUGAACAAAAUAGUUGCAUCGCUGUUAGAUAUGUCUACUAUUUUAUUCAUGAUGUAAGGACUUCCUGGAACAAAUGCUGUGAGUGAUACUUAUUGUUGCUUUGUUAUACUGAUUUUAUAACCUUUGUAUUGUUGACAGGCACUACUUCUGUUAUUACUAAUGUUUUAUAGUUCUUAUAAGUAUUAAUCAUAGAAACCAUUUGUUUGCAGUAAAUGUAUUAAUCCAU